AUGAAGGCUCAACUCCUCCUUGCAUUGCUUCCCUUCGUUGCUAACCUGGCAAAUGCUGGUCCUAUUGCAGAUCCUUCACCAUUGGAACCUGAAGUGCUCAACAACCUCGCUGAAAGGCAAGGUGGCCUCAUCGGUGGUGUCAUUGACGGUCUCCUCGGUUCACUGGGGGCUACCACUGGACUCCUCCUCACUGGCGUGGGCGCUUACGAAGUUGUCGUCGAAGGGUUCGUCGCCAACAUUACUCGGACUUUGGGGGUUUUCGUCUAA